AAACAGCGAUUUCCUUUCCAUGAGCCCUUUACAAUUAAUGGACAAAAACUCUCGAAAUAAUAAAUGUUAUAGUGUUUGAAUUACUUAUAACUUUUACACGUAAACAUAAAAUGUUAUUGUUUUUUAUGAUUGUAGAACGAAUAAAAUAAAAUAGUGCGGAUGAUUUUUUAUUUUAUUUUACUACACAAUUGGUUGUUUCCUAUUCUUGCGAAUUUCUUAUUUAUUAUAUUUAAUUACAUACGGCCAUUGGUACUGAUUGUUGCGGAUGCGUCUGAAUAUGAAUAAAAUAAUAAAUUACAGUGAGGUGACGUGAGUUACUGUAGUUAUUUAUACGAAACAUACGUAUUGAAGAAAUAAUGGCGGCCUUGAAGGUAAACGAAUUCAUCAUAAUAUUAUUAUAUGUACACGUAAAUUAUUCAUAAAAUACACCUUGUCAGCUGCUACUUACAUAACAUAACACGGUUACUUUUUAAAUGAGUUUGGUUUGUAGAAAGCUUUAAAGUGUCCUUUAAAACAUGAUUUAAGUUCAAUCAAAAUUUAACGUGAAAUAUACCUUUAAAAUCAUAUCUAAACACGUUUGUAUCAUGCACCAUAACAUAACUAUUCAGAUGAGUUAAUAGACUUUCAUUCAUUAUGUAUUAGGUAUCAUUAUACAUAAAAUCACAAUUAGUUAAUGUUUACACACAAAGACACAACACACUCACGGAGUCAGUCAACCAAAAGUUGUCAGUAUCUCCUUUGCGCCCCUGUGGCCCUAGUGCAAGAUACCUGGCUGUAACUGGUGUGCUCCCCGCAGACUGGCACUACAUCUCGUCGCCGCGCGGGGGGCAUGGCAAGGGGGGGCACCACGGCAAGGAGGGACACCACGGAGGGAAAGGAGUCCACAAGGAGCCGACGCGCGUCCUCCACGGGGGCUUUAGCUACGAGGCGUCUUCCCCGCACCCCGAGCGCGCCCCCCGCGGCCGCCCCGCCGGGCCCGCGCCCCGCCAGGCUGCCCCGCCAGGCGCCCACCACGGCCGAUGGCAUCCCGGUGUUCGACCGGAACAAGGUCAGCCUGGACUUCCCGGGGAACCUGUUUGGGCCAUCCGUGUCGCUUCUCAUCAAGACAACUAAGAUCGUCGGCGAUGUCAUACAGAACUCAGCGGUGCGCUACCAGACCUUCCUGCGGCUGUUCCGGCCGCUGUUCCGCGGACAGUUCGAGAUCAAAGGCCUGGACCCGCCCACCACCACCACCACCACCCCCGCGCCCCCGCCCCCGCCCGCCGCCACCGACAACGAGGUGCGGCGGCGGCGCGGCGCCUAGCGGGGCCUAGUGGGGCCUAGUGGGGCCUAGCGGGGCCUGGGCUGUCGGAAUUAUUAGAAAAUCCAAAUCCUAUUUUUAUUUCUUAAUGUCGUGUGAAAUUUGGUUGGGUUGAGCUUGGAAUUGUAGGGAGAAAUGUAAUUAUAAAUUGGGCUUUCAUUGGUGACUGAGGUAUAUUGGUAAAUAGGUAGUAAAUAAAAAGUAAUUCAUUGACCAACAGUUUGCAUAAUAAUAUUACUCGAAUUUUUUGCUCAAUCAAAAAUAAAAGAAUACUCAUCUUCUAAAAUAAUAUAAACAUAACUAUUUCUAUGAUACUCGAUGACUGAUUUCAUUUAUUACUCGACUCAUUAUCUUAACCAAAUAAAGUAACCUGUUUAUAGUCAGUUUCAUAAUUCUUUAUGAAAAAUUUAAAGCGUUGUCUUAACGAAAAUAAUUGUAGUAGGUAGUGUGCCUAACUGCCUAUUUAUAAUUCUAUGGUCACCAAUUAUUCAUUUUAUACAGAUUAUUAAUCCUAAUAUGAAAGCCAUUAACUAGGCCAAGUACUGAAUAGAAUUAAGCGCACCCUGUUUAUAAUAUAGGUAAAAAAAUAAACAAAAUAUUCAAAAUGA